AUGCACGCAUCCCGAGGGCAUUACAAUGUCGCGCCCAAAUCUGACCCAUACGAGGCCAAAUCGCCAAAGCGAUCUCCAUCUCGACGCGACUCUACUACAACGCUCAUAGACUCGAAGCCUCGGAGCGGAGGUUGGGCUCAGCCAUAUGUUUCCAUCGUCGCUCCAUUCGUCUUGGCCACGGCACUAGUCGUCAUUCAUCACAUCUUUCUCACCCACCUCCGUGGCCAAGUCGUCUCAGAGAGCUCACAGUUCUGGUUCAGGAAUACGAGCAACGCGCUAUCUAUGGCGGUCCAGCUUCCUCUGGUGUUCUCUGCAUUGUCUGCACUCGUACACGCGAUAUGGUUCUACCUUGGGCGUAGGCCGUUCACCGUGGAAGAAAUAGAUCGUCUAUUCAGCUUUCCCGCCAUUCUUUCAGUCGCCACCGCUAGCUUCUCUUCCAUGAUUUUCAUCAUGCCAGCCGUCCUCUUCAUAGCCCUCAUGUCUCAUGCUCUCCCUCUCAUCGGCAUAUUUGCUCCCAAUGCGCUAUCCAUCGUCCCGGCUGGUAUUAUUUCGAAAAACAUCUCGGUACCCAGUAUAGCCUUUGACCAAGUUAGCGCGCAGGUCUCGGUUCGACCUAGUUGGACCGGUUCUACACUUGACCCACCUCCCCUCGUCUAUCAAUCCUCAUCCGUCGACUCAAUUGUCGCCGUUCAGCACGCUAUUAUUUCCUCCAACGAGCUCGCCUGGUCUAUACCGUCCGAGUGCGGCGUGCAGUGCCAGUAUCAUAUCAGCUACGAGGCUCCUACACUCCAAUGUUCCGACAUCUCUCCCUCUUCUAUUCUGACGCACUACGACAUGGGCUCGGUAUCACCCCAGUCCUCACAAGGGACUCUCUGGGGAGACCAAAUUUACCCCAUAUUCAACGCCACGUCGAACCUCGGGCUCUGGUACACACCCACGUCGUUCUCGUCCACCCUUCCGAACUUCUACGCUUUCGAUCAGUGGACCGCGAACGUCAGGCAGGACACGUAUUCGAUGUUAUUCACCUACUAUACAUCGGUGGCAGGAGGUCUGCCGGGCUCAAAUGACACCUACGGCGGCAGCUACUGUGUCUUUCACCGCGGGGUCUACGAGUCCACGUUCAUCUUCCAUAACAAUACGCAGGAGAUCAAUGCGACCGUUGCUAGCAUUGGCCAGCCACUCAACGACUAUGACUGGGGUACAAACUACGACGAGUUCGAUGACGCGAUGAUGGUCCUCACGCGGAACUCGUCCUCACCGUCCGACGACGUCUCCGCCGCCACUCUGGCGCUGACUUCUCGUGCUGUCGCCGAGUCCUUCGCCCACAACCUCGUCGGCGUCGUCACCGCCCAUGGAGGCGAUUUGCCCAUGUCCUACCACACGAAUGCCCUCUCCACACCUCUCUUUGCGAUUGGAUCUGCGAAUACGUCGGUGUCCUGGACAUCCUGCUACGCGAACAUGAGCCAGGCUAUCAUGGACUUAUUCACCAAUACCACCCUCUCGUUCAACUCUCCCGCCAACCGCCAUCUUCUGAAUUUAACCAGCACGGCGACGGUAUUGGCAGAUAUUGUCCCGAACUAUAGCGUCUGGAGAUACUCCCCUGAACGUCUUUGGUUGGUGUAUGGGAUCGGUCUAGUCGUCGUGGCGUUGUGCGAUUUGGUGGGACUCGCGUGUCUCACGGGGAUGUCUGAGCCGGGAGAUAUGAGUUUCUCCCGUAUCAUGCUCGCAACGCAGAGUCUGGACCUCAUGGAAUAUGACGGUGACGGUGAAAAGAGUGUGUUGCGGAGUGAUGUGGUAGUGCAGCGCAUGAGGCUCCAUUAUACGACAGUGAACGCGAAGGAUAGUGGUGAUAUUGCUACAGCCGGUCAGCCAAGGCGCGAGUUUAUCGCUGUUGACUGA